AUGGCCGCGGCUCUCAAGGCGAAGUUCGCCGAGCUGGACACGGAUGGCAGCGGCACGAUCAGCAAGGAUGAGUUUGCGAAGCUCCUCAAGAAGGGGAACCCGAAGAUCGACGAGAAGUCCAUAGAGACUGUCUGGAAGAAGCUCGACUCGGACGGCAGCGGGAAGCUCAGCUUCGACGAGCUCGCGAACUACCUUGGCAACAGCGGCGACAAGAUGGAGUUCAAGAGUCCGGGUAUGUCGCCCGCCUGCCAGACCUUCUGCGAUGUCUUCAAGAGCUUGACGUACAAGACGGACGAGGGCCGGGUCGCCCGCGGACACGCCUUCGCAGCCUGCGACCCGAAUGGCAACGGGUACGUCUCCCUUGCCGAGGUGGACGGGUGGAUCCAGAAAGUGCUGAUCACCUACUUCGGGCAGAAGGGCUGCGACGGAGACCCCAAGGAGGAGGGGACCCGCAUCUGGAAGUGCUUCCGCGCUUCCUACAUCCGCGCCCACACCGACGCGAAGGACAUCGCCGGCGGCGGGAGCCGCGCGGACGACUACGUCACCGCGAAGGAGUUCCGCCUGCUCUGCACCUACCUCAUCCUGUACGCAGCUAUGUACGAUGCCUUCGCCCUCAUCGACGGCGGUGGCGGCAGCGUCGAGGACAAGUCCGGCGACGACCGCAAGAUGACUCUAGCGGAGUGGAAGCAGGGCUACAAGACUGUCGCGAAGCACGGUUUCGUCGGCCUGAGCGACGCUGCCAAGCUGGACGCUGCGGGCGCCGAGGAGGUGUUCAAGAAGAUGAACAGCGGCAAGGACGCCGAAGGCAAGGAGUACGGCAACGACAGCGUGGUGAUGCUGGCGGAGUUUUGCGCGUACGUGGAGAAGUGCGAGAUUGACGCGGGGACCCCGUUCGGCCAAGCUCUGGGCGCAUGA